AAAUCAGCGCGGCGGUUGAAUUUCGCAUUUCGUUUCCCUGUCAAAAACAAGAACUUGAAUCUUGAAAAAAAUACGGUUGCAAAGCGUUGUUUUCAUAUCUUUUGUUUAACUUACAUUAUUUUCUUGUUCUAAAAUAACUUUAAACUUAUUAAUUAUUUGUCUAUAUAAAGUAAUAACCGAGUUCGAAAUAAAAAAUCUACUUGAAUUAAACGAUAUAAGUUGUGUAGCAAAUAAAUUCAUUACUGUUUUGUUUUGCUCAAUUUAUUAAAUUUAAAAAAGGAGAAAGAAACAUCUGUCGUCGGAUCCUUGGAAAAAUUUGCUAGAGGUACAAGGAAGAUGAAUCCCAAGGAAAUCUAUUAUUCAGAUAAAUACUACGAUGAGGAAUUUGAGUACAGGCACGUUGUCCUUCCAAAGGAACUGGUUAAACUUGUGCCAAAGACUCAUUUAAUGUCGGAAAAUGAAUGGCGAGCGAUUGGCGUGCAACAGUCCCGUGGAUGGGUGCACUACAUGAUACACAAACCCGAACCUCAUAUUCUACUCUUCCGCAGACCCAUUGAAACAAAGUAAUCUAUCCAUAAAAAUGCCAUCAGUUUUCGGAGAUAUGAAGUAGCUAGUGCCGCGCAAGAAACAAACAAAAGAAAAUCUCCGAAUUGUAAAUAUACAUACCAUCGGCCAUCUGUAAAAGAAAGAAAACUCAAUUUAGUAUGCAGAAGAACAAGUAGUAUUCUCAUCAUAUUAUUUUAUUUGAUUUAAGAUCAGUUACAUUUAUAUAUUAAUUUAAAUAACUUAAGGCUCUAAUUCAUUCCUGAGCAAGUGGUACUUUAGUGUCCCAUUUUGAUCACCUCGGUGCCAUUUAAUCAGUUAAUGACACUCGCUCUAGGUUACUUUCGUAUAGCAGAGCAUAGCCUUUUGAAUUCCCUAGUAGUCUGCUAUUAAGGUGCCAUACAUUUGUAUUACGUUAUGUUGCCUUAAAACCAAAACAAACAAAAAAAGUACAUUCUUUUAAAAUAAGCAUUAUUUGUCGACGGUCUUGAUUUUUUGUGUCGAAUCGAUUUUAUUAUGUAUAAGAUUUAUUCGGUUCACUUUGCAUGUGAUUUAAUUGUUACCUUCAAACAAAAUACUGUAAUUUUAAGAUAAACAAAAAAAAUAAAGCAACUUAAAACAAAUUAAGAGAAUA